GUACUUGAAAUUUUGGGAGCAGAUCGCGAAUACCUGAGCACCCGGAUACUUGUUACAGCCCUAGUAGUACGGAUGGUCAAACUGUAGGACGUCUGACUGAGGUGAUUUAAAAUGUAUUUGAUAACAAUAUGAAAAACUGUAACAGGGCUCAUACUUUCUUGUAUUUUUGUCCCUACAGUCCUCCCCCAGCAUUGGUUGAUAGAAGAGGAAGAUCUCUGCAACCAGCAGAGGAACUUCAGAGUGAAACAGAAUGAUCCAGAACCUACACAGACAAAAGAGGAACUGGUGGAACUAGAAAUUCUACAGAUUCAAAAGGAGCAGGAAGAACAAGAACCUCCACAGAUAAAAGAUGAGCAGGAGGAACUUGAACCUCCAGAGACUGAAGAGCAAGAGAGACAAGAACCUCCACAGACUGAAGAGGAGCUUGAGGAACGAGAACCUCCACAGGAAAAAAAAGACCAAGAAGAGUUCUGCAUCAGUCAGGAUGAGGAGCAGCUUAAUCUUAGGCAGGAGAUUAAUUCCUUGAAGGAGAUUCCUUGUGAGGAAAAUGAUCACAGUGAAGCAGAUCUAAACAAACAGAAGAGCUUCAGUGUAACUGAGAGUCAGGAUGAAGAAGGAAACCAACAUGAAGAAUCAACAUCAACUACAGAUGAAGAGACAGAGCCACAGAAUAGUGAUCAGAGGAAGAAAAGAGACAGAAGUCAUGUCCAAAAUGUGGACAGCUCUCAAAUGUCAGGAACUCAGUGUAAUUCUGAUGUUAGAAAAAAGUUCAAGAAAGCAACUUUGGCUAAGAAAAGUAAGGCAUCCCCAAAAGACAAGAGAGUUUCCCAUUUAAAGUCUGGUAAAGGAACAAGAACUGCUCAUAAUAUGUCUGCCAACAUGAAAACUAAGUCUGAUAAAGGACCUUAUGUCUGUGAAGAAUGUGGUAAAAGUUGUGGUUCAUUGUCCAAAUUCAGAACUCAUAUGAGGACUCACACAGAAAAUAACCAUUUUACUUGUAAAGAAUGUGACAGAAGUUUUAGUCAAAUAUCUAAUCUCAAAACACACAUGACAGUUCAUACAGGAGAGAAGCCUUUUACGUGUCAAGAAUGUGACAGAAGUUUUAGUCAAAUAUCUAGUCUCAAAACACACAUGAGAACUCAUACAGGAGAUAAGCCUUUUACGUGUAAAGAAUGUGACAGAAGUUUUAGUCAAAUAUCUAGUCUCAAAACACACAUGAGAACUCAUACUGGACAUAAGCCUUUUGAAUGUAAAGAAUGCGAUAAAAGUUUUAGUCUAAUAUAUUAUCUCAAAACACACAUGAGAACUCAUACAGGAGAGAAGCCUUUUAUGUGUAAAAAAUGUGACAAAAGUUUUAGUCAAAUAUCUAGUCUCAAAACACACAUGAGAACUCAUACAGGAGAGAAGCCUUUUACGUGUAAAGAAUGCAGCAGUACUUUUAGUCAAAUAUCUAAUCUCAAAACACACAUGACAGUUCAUACACGAGCGAAAACUUUUAUAUGUAAAGAAUGUGACAGAGGUUUUGGUCUAAGAUCUCAUCUCAAAAUACACAUGAGAACUCACACAGGAGAAAAGCCUUUUCCAUGUGAAGAAUGUGACAAAAGUUUUAGUCGAAUGUCUAGUCUCAAAACACACAUGACAGUUCAUACAGGAGAGAAGCCUUUUAGAUGUAAAGAAUGUGACAAAAGUUUUAGUCAAAUGCCUCAUCUCAAAAUACACAUGAGAACUCACACAGGAGAGAAGCCUUUUAAAUGUAAAGAAUGUGACAGAAGUUUUAUUCUUAUUUCUCAUCUCAAGACACACAUGAGAACUCAUACAGGAGAGAAGCCUUUUCAAUGUAAAGAAUGUGACAGGAGUUUUAGUCAAAUAUGUAAUCUUAAUACACACAUGAGAACUCAUACAGGAGAGAAGCCUUUUACAUGUGAAGAAUGUGGCAGUAGUUUUAGUCAAAUGUCUAAUCUCAAAAAACACAUGAGAUUUCAUACAGGAGAGAAGCCUUUUAUGUGUAAAGAAUGUGACAGAAGUUUUAGUCAAAUGUCUAAUCUUAAUACACACAUGAGAACUCAUACAGGAGAGAAGCCUUUUUCUAGACAAAAAUUGUAAUUGAGAAUAAAUUCAAAAUUUGGAACUUAAAAAAAACAAUGGAAAACUAAAAGCAAUGGCAUCACGAGGAGAAGAAUAUAAGAGUUUAAAUAAGAAAAUUUUAAUAUCAUGAAAAGUCAUUUUUGAAGAAAGAGGCUGGAAUCUUGCAUAGAAUUGGUACACUAAGUUUUUUUAUAUAUUUAACCUCUUUUUUGGUUAUUUUAUUUAACAGACAAUACAAAAACAAGUUUUCCUCCACAGAAAAUUUGCACUUUAAAAAGUGAUUAAAUAUAAUAUUCAAAACUCCAGGGAGUCCUCGCUAAUCUGCUAAACAAGUCAAAAAUUCUUGCCAAGCUACAGUGAGCCUUUAAAUUGUCUAUAUCAUGAAAAACACCCUUUUAUAUAGAUUUAAAGUGUAUUAAACUGUAUUUGUAUAUUUAAAGAAAACACCUGCAAAGUGGUAUUAUGCUCUAUUCAUUUCUGAGCAUUGCUCUCCUACCUUGCUCUCUGAGCUCCACCCCGAACCUAUGAAAUCGACUGGGUCCUCACUUUCAUACGUAUGAAUGUGGGGGAGCAGCUCCUUUCAGGAAGUGUGAAUUUUUUAGCACCGUUCGCAGGCUAAACGCUUUCGAAACACUUUCAUUUAGGGGGGGUAAGCAAGGGAAAACUGUUACUCAGAUUUUAUUAAAAAAUGUUCAUGAAAUACACUUGUAAAUAGAAUGUUUUUAAAAUUAUGACAGUAAUACUUCAUUUUUAAACAAAUGUUAAUGUUGAUUUUAUUUGUAGAUUGUUUGUACUUUUAUGGUAUUGUUAAGGCAACCACUGGUUGUAGUUUAUGUUAAGUCUAUGUGUUACCAUUACAACUAUAGAAAUGUUUAUAUAAAUCUCAAAUUCUUUUUUUACACUUUUUAUGUGAUUCAUUUCAAUAUUGUCUAAAUAUAAAAUGAUUACAGUUUAUAUUUUGUUGAGUCAUGUUAGUAAAUAAUAGUUUAGUCAAGGAAAGGUUUAGUAAAAUGUAUUAAUGAAGAGGUAGAUAAAGAAACAAACUGGUGUUUGUGUUCUUGUGAUUCCUGUUUUCUAGUAGAGAUUAGACGUGUUUCUCUGUUAUUUUUAGUUCUCAAUUUUCUGUUCCAAUCUUUCCUGUGAAGAAUAAAGUGGACGUGAACAUCA